AUGAUUGUAGAUAAUAGUUCAGAUCAAUCUGUCGAUGAUAAUAGAGAGAGAGCAGUAUACAUGAAUGAGAAUAUGACUACUAGGAUAGAUGAAAGAGAGAAUAUGAAUACUGCAGAAAAUACUGUUAGUAUUGAAGUUGAUG